AUGGUAGAAGAAAGUUCAUAUCAAAGCAGUAAACCGAAGACCCGAGCUGCAAGGCCUAAACCGAUCUACUUAUGGACUGUUCAAGACGUCCAGACGUGGUUGAAGCGUCACUGCAGUGAUUUUUCCCCAUUGUAUGGACACAAAUUUGAAGAACAUGAGAUAACUGGUCGUGCACUGGUUCGUAUCAGCGAAGGGACUCUACUUCGUUUGGGGAUAGACAACCCACUACACCGGCAGGAAGUAUGGAGGGAAAUUACUAAACUUAGGCUCAAAAGUGAUAUUUUAGAAAUAAGAGAUCUGGAAAGAAAGGAACCUGGAAUGGUUUAA